AAAAAAAAAAAAAAAAACCCACAGCCCGGUCGAUCCUCGCUGACAAUGACUCUGUCAGUGCCAUCAUAAACACACGAGAUAGAAAAUAGAAUAAAUAAAAAGUGAAAUCAAUGGUACAGAAAAGUAGUAUGUCCAGGACGCCUUCAACCUCAACCCAGGAGAUCCAAAUGGACAUGUUCGACCACCAUCCACACACGCAGGGAAAGUACGCCAAAAGGAAGAGCAGAUUCAAGCGCUCCGAUGGAAGCACCUCUUCUGACACCACGUCUAAUAGCUUCGUCCGACAGGGCUCUGCAGACUCCUACACCAGCCGGCCGUCAGACUCAGACGUGUCCCUGGAGGAGGACCCAGAGGCUCUGAGGAAGGAGGCCGACAGGCAGGCUCUUGCCACGCUCGAGAAAGCAAAGACCAAACCUGUGGCAUUUGCCGUGCGGACAAAUGUGGGCUACAACUCCGGCCCCAACGAUGACGUCCCCGUGCAGGGCAUGGCCAUAUCCUUCGAAGCCAAAGACUUCCUGCACAUCAAAGAGAAAUACAAUAAUGACUGGUGGAUCGGCCGUCUGGUGAAGGAGGGCUGUGAGGUGGGCUUCAUCCCCAGCCCCGUCAAACUGGAGAACACCCGCCUGCUGCAGGAGCAGAGGAUGAGACAGAACCGACUCAGCUCCAGUAAAUCUGGAGGAAGCUCCAGUCUGGACGUUGCCACGGGAACUCGCAGGCCCACCCCGCCCGGGACAGCACACGUGGACAUGUCCACAGUGGCCUUUGAUGUUGACCCCCUCGACCUGGACGCUGAGGAGCCCCCUGAGUCCCAGGGUGACCCUCGCUCCCCCAAGGGCCCGUCAGGCAGCGUCACAUCCCCUCAGGCCAACGCCCACCGACUGCCCUUCUUUAAGAAGAUGGAGCAUGUCCCCCCCUACGAUGUGGUUCCUUCCAUGAGACCCAUCAUUCUAGUAGGGCCCUCGCUCAAAGGCUAUGAGGUGACGGACAUGAUGCAGAAGGCGCUCUUUGACUUCCUGAAACACAAGUUUGAGGGCAGGAUAUCCAUCACGCGGGUGACAGCGGACAUCUCCCUGGCCAAACGCUCAGUCCUCAACAACCCCAGCAAACACACCAUCAUCGAGCGCUCCAGUACCCGCUCCAGCCUGGCGGAGGUGCAGAGUGAGAUUGAGCGCAUCUUCGAGCUGGCCCGCACCCUGCAGCUGGUUGCCCUGGACGCAGACACCAUCAACCACCCCUCUCAGCUGGCCAAGACCUCCCUGGCCCCCAUCAUUGUCUACAUCAAAAUAGCCUCUCCCAAGGUCCUGCAGAGGCUCAUCAAAUCCAGGGGGAAGUCCCAGGCCAAACACCUGAACGUGCAGAUGGUGGCAGCAGACAAGUUGGCUCAGUGCCCUCCUGAGCUGUUUGACAUCAUCCUGGAUGAGAACCAGCUGGAGGACGCCUGUGAGCACCUCGCCGACUACCUGGAGGCCUACUGGAAGGCCACACACCCCCCGAGCAGCAACCCGCCCAACCCCCUGCUCAACCGCACCAUGGCCACCGCAGCCCUGGCCGCCUCCCCGGAGCCCGUCUCCAACCUGCAGGGGCCGUACCUGGUGCACGGAGAGCAGAAACGGGAGGGGCCUAUGACAGAAUGCGGCGGGAGCGGCAGUCUCCACGACUAUCCAUCGGACCUGGGCGGCAAGCCGCAGCAGCAGCAGCAGACGUACCUGCGUUCGUCUCGCGGCCAGUUACGGGGCGGGAGUGGGCGGGGCCUGUCACGGCAAGACACCUUUGACUCGGAGACGCAGGGCAGCCGGGACUCGGCCUACACCGAGGCCGGCGACUCCUGCAUGGACAUUGAGACCGACCCCUACGAAGAGCCCGAGCCCUACCGAGGGGGCGGGGGCAGCCGCCUCCACCUGGCCCAGCAUCAUGGCCGGCAGGCUUCCUGGGAAGACGAGGGGGCCGAGCCGGACCAGGAAAACCUGAACCACCCUCCAGUGCCGAGCCAGACGCAGCCACAUGGACGUGCCAAGCUGAGGGAGCGGUAUUGCCAGGACCCUGCGGACACAGGGGCCAACAUGGGUCGCAACAAGAACCAGGACGACUGGGGGAGGGAUGUCUACAUCCGCUAAACACACAUCAUACACAGAGGCAAGGGGGUUAUUGAACUGAGGGUGGAGAGGAAUGUGGGGCGGGAGGGGAGAAGGGCGUGGCCCGGGUGUGGGUGUCCAAGGAACUGAAGUGUGGGCUUGGGGCCAUGCCAAUCAGGCUAACAAAUCAAUCUGUUUACAUCCCUUAUCUAAGAGAUCCUUUUCUCAACCUAGAGUACAAUGUAAAGAAAUACAUCCACUGCCAACUGUCAUCCUCAUCUAGUUAUUCUAGAAACUCAAUUUAUUUAUGUUUAGAAGAAAAUGAAUAUUGGUCUGUUCGAGGUCUCUCUCUCUCUCUCUUCUUUUUGUUUCCUAUGUUAAUACUGCAUGAAUAUCAUGGAAUCCUACUGACAGCACGAGGACAGUAAUUGUUUUGAUUGUGAAUCUAUGAUUGUGAUCCGUCCGACUCCAUCUCUCCUUCAAAUGUAGAAUGUGAAGGCCGGUAGAGCUGUAGUCUGUCACGUCUGUCCUCUGCAGUCUUAAACAGGGUCUUACGUCGCCGUCCCCAUGUACAGUGUCAGGGUUUCUCGCUCUCUGUCCCCCUCUCUCUCUCACUCUCUCUUUCUCACUCUCUUACCUUACCGCACUCUUAGGAAUUUCUGGAGUUGUACCUGUUUGGGGAUCCAGACAUUAAGAGUCUGUCACCUCCACUCUCUUAUCACCAAGACCUUAAAAAGCCGGUGGAGAAGUUGCCAUAAUUUACCAGAGAUAUUUGUUGUUUUACUCACGUCACUUCGAUAUGAACAACCUAGAAUACACCCCAAAGAUACACACUUCUUCCCUGACCUGGUUGAGCCAUCGUAUCCCAGUCCCCCCCUUUUCUGUGUCUUGCUGUUCGUGGGUGGCUGCGGGCGAUAGUUGUUUUUUAAUUUAUUUUAUUUGAUUUUUUUUCUUCUCAGCUCCCACAGUUUCCACUCGUUCUCUGGUUUUUCGAAUGUGUUGCGCAUUAAAAUUAAAAGCAGCACUGCAGUCGUAGUUGUGUGAAUGAGGUGUCCUGCCUUAGUCUCUCUCUCUCUCACGAUCCCAAACACCCUUAAACUUCAAGAAAAGCUCCAAUCACAAGUGCCGGAAUGUCUCGCCAAGCCAUGUCCACCAUCGCCACGGUGGGAUGUCUUAACUCUCGUCAACACCUGUUUUCAUACCAUAUCUGUGUCUCUUUGUGUCUGUCGGCUACUCCGCACUGUAGCCCAUAAUGUUGCUCCAGCACGUUGUCCAUCCCAUUUUCUUUGCACCAGCUGUGUCGUCUGUUUUUCAGGGCUGAUGGUUAUAUAUUGAAAAAAAAAAAAAAAAAAGAGUAGUUUUGUGUGGUAAAUCACUCCCGACUUCCACCCAAACGGCUAGCUUGUCUAAUAUUAAAUACCAUUCUCUUCUAUUCUUGAUUUCUGACUGACUUUAGUGUUGUUUUUUCCUGUGGACAUUUGCUUUUUUUUUUUUUUUUUUUUUUUUUUUUUUAAUCUUCAGUUCUCUUGUGAGGUAGUGAGAGGAGUAUCAAGUGGGGAUGGGUGGGGAAUAGGUGCAGCCUUGGUCUUUACUCAGUUAUCUAAAUGGAGAAUCCAUGAAUGUCUUUGGUGCGCUACUUUGGCCCACCCUUGUCUUCAGUUGAAUAAAUGAAUAUUAAAUAAUGAUCAGUAAAUAAUGUUAUUGUUGCGUUCUUGCAAUUGUUAAAAAAAAAAAAAAUGAAAUAACAUGUAUCAUUGGUGCCUGAUUGUAGCUACAUUUUGCUUUUUCUGCCUUUCAUUUUUA